AUGCGAGAAUUUUCAUCUAAAACAGCCACUGCUACAACACAACGAGCACAUGAUCUUAUACUCGAUUAUAUUAAAGAAGCUACACAGGGUUUAGCAAAAAUGAGCAUUAAUAGAAUUCGUCGUGCUUCGAUUGAAAAAGACGAAUGGGAUGCUCUAAAAACAUUUGAAAAUGUUGCAUCAGAACAACAAAAAAUGUAUGCUAAAUCCUUUUGCAAAUCAACAUUAAUUAACUACCAUAAGAAAAAGAAAAAUUUUGAAUUGGUAGCUGCACAUAUAUCAAAUGAUAUAAUACCGAAAAUCUUACCAAAGUAUGACUUUAAUCUUCCUGUGGACAAAAAUUCACUUUCAAGUGAACAAGUCCAGGAGAAUAGAGAAAACAUACAUAAUUUAUCAAAAGAUUUUCGUCUUAAAGCAACAGAACUCUAUCUAAAAAUCGUCAAAGAAGAAUUUGAAUUUCAAAAAGAAAGAUUACAAAAACUUAUUGAUGAUUUUCCACAAGAUAGAUAUGAAGUACCAUCAACACAAAUUAAUACAAAUGUUGUUGUUGAUGAUGAUGAUGAUGAUGACGAAGAACCUUUAGAUUAUAGGGUUUUUACUCAAAAACCAUUAUCACAACAACGACAAGAAACUAUAAAUAAUCAAAAAGGUUCUGAAUUAUUUAAAAAAUAUAUUGUAAUUGCACAUAAAAGAGCUCAAUUAGAAAUUGAAAGAGAAGUGCAUUUUUUAUCCGAACGAGGCGUCCAAGAGACGCCAGUCGGAACACAAGAGCCAAAAGAUCUAAAUCCAGUAAUGCGAAUGGAUUUUUUGCUCCAAGUAUAA